AUGUUUGCUGCUCGUCUUUCCGCCCCAUCAACCUCAACCCGUCGUUUUAUAGGCUCUUUCGUACGCAGAAUGUCGUCUACUGAAGUUGUCGUCGUUGCUGCUUCCCGGACACCCGUCGGCUCGAUCAACGGUACUCUGAAAACUUUGACGGCCCCUCAGCUCGGUAUUGUUGCCCUCAAGCACGCCUUUGAGCAGUCUAAGGUCGAUCCUGCUGUCGUCGAAGAGAUUUACUUCGGCAAUGUCAUCCAAGCGGGUGUCGGCCAGUCGCCAGCGCGGCAGGUAGCGAUUGGGUCUGGAAUGAAGACGAGCUCGGACGCGACGACGAUCAACAAGGUCUGCGCCAGUGGCAUGAAGUCGAUUAUGCUUGCUGCCCAGAGUAUCACAUCUGGUGACAACAGUGUGGCCGUCGCCGGCGGUAUGGAGAGCAUGAGUAAUGCGCCAUUCCUGCUACCUCGUCAGAACCCUCUUUUCGGCAAGUUCGAGGCCAAGGACUCUCUGGAGAGCGACGGUCUUUGGUGUGCGCACAACAACUUCGCGAUGGGUCACUGCGGCGAGGCAGCCGCGGAGAAGCACAAGAUAUCGAGGCAGGCGCAAGAUGAGCAUGCUAUCGAGUCCUACAAGCGGGCGGAGCGGGCAUGGAAGGCUGGUGCUUUCGAUGCGGAAAUCGCUCCCGUUACGAUCAAGGGCAAGAAAGCCGAUACGAUCGUGAAGGAGGACGAAGAGUACAAGCGUGUCAUCUACGAAAAGGUCCCAACACUGAACACUGUCUUCAAGAAGCAGGGCGGAACCAUCACUCCUGCUAACUCCUCGAGCUUGAACGAUGGGGCAUCUGCGUUGAUCCUCAUGUCCUCUGCGAAGGCGCAGGAGCUUGGAGUCAAGCCUAUUGCCAAGAUUAUCUCGUAUGCUGAUGCUGGCGUGGAGCCCAUCGACUUCCCUAUCGCCCCGACCAUCGCAAUCCCUAAGGCACUGAAGAAGGCCAACCUUUCGGUCGACGACAUCACAUUGUUCGAGAUCAACGAAGCGUUUUCGGUCGUGGUCAGAAUUGCGGAGCAGGUCUUGAACAUUGAUCCCGCCAAGAUCAACGUUAAUGGUGGUGCCGUUGCUCUUGGCCAUGCUAUUGGCAACUCGGGAUCUCGCAUCGUUGUUUCACUCAUUCAUGCUCUAAAGUCAGGAGAGUACGGCGCUGCAGGUAUUUGCAACGGUGGUGGUGCUGCAUCUGCUAUCAUCGUCCAAAAGCUGUAA